CGGGGCCGCGGCCAUGGCGGCGCUGCGGCGGCUCGUGCCGGCGGCGGCGCGGGCGGCGGGCAGGUACCGGCACCGGCAGCCGGCACCGCGGCUGCUCUGCGACCGGGGGAGAGCGCCGUUCCGGGGUCACCGGCUCACUCCGGCGGAUGAUGAGAUGUACCAGCGGACGCGGGUGAUGGUGCUGGAGCCGGAGUCCCCCAACAUCAUGUUCAUCGAGGGCUACAGCACCCGCGGCUUCACCAUCAGCGGAGACCUGGUGGUGGGGCCGUGCGCGGUCCUGCCGCGCAGCAUCCUCCAGUGGAACGUGAGUGCCCGGCCGGGCUGCGGCCGCGCCGCGCCGCGCAGCUCCCCUCAGCGCCGCCGUGUCCCCGCAGGUUGGCUCCCACCGGGACAUCUCGCUCGAGAGCCUGUCGCUGUUCCGGCUGCUGGAGCCCCAGAUAGAGAUCCUGGUGCUGGGCACGGGGGACAGAGUGGAGCGGCUCCACCCUGCCACGAUGAAGCGGAUGCGGGAGUGCGGGAUUGCUGUGGAGGUGCAGGACACGGCGAAUGCGUGUGCAACCUUCAACUUCCUAAUGAAUGAAAGGCGUGUGGUGGCUGCUGGGCUCAUCCCCCCGCGGGGCACCUACGGCAUGUAGGCGCUGCCUGCCUGAGGCCCCGAGGGUCACUGCUCCCAGCUGAGAAACCGUGAACUGGCUCAGUGAUGGGUCUGCACACAGGAGGGCUGUGAAAUACACGGGUUUAGCUCUUCCCUGCAGUGCCUGGCUUCUUGGCCUCCCUGCCCAGUGACUGUGGGGCACAGCACAAGGCUUUGCUGGCAGCACUGCUCCCACAGCCCUGCCAAGGUCAUGCCCCACACCUUGGCAGCAAGAAGCCUCAUCUGAGGGAGGGUGAGGGCUGGUGGGGUGAGCUGCACAUCCCAGGCACAUCUGGAGCUCCACGAGGAAAAUAUAAGUAAAUGGGAAGUCUAAGAAA